CGAUUUCUCUCGUACAUGUCCAAGCGAUGACUUUGACAUUUCUAAGUAAAAAUUCUCGGGAAUUCGCGUAUAUUUCAUCGAGAAUAAAUAUGAAGGAAAAACCAAAUUACUCAGUUUAGAAAGAUAUGCAUUCGAAUAUAAAAAAUCCUAAGUACAAAACGAAUUGUGGCAAAAAUAAUGCAGAUGAUGGAGACUACGAUGAAGAACCUGGAGAUUUGCGUAGCUCCAAUAGAAAAACCAAAAAUCUGCCUCAACUAUGCAUCGAUAUAGAAAUGAACCAAAGCGUCCAAAACCUAUUGGCUUCUUCAGAUAAGUGUACUUCAGCUCUGCUUGAUGUGACAAUUAUAAAACCAAUGGGUGCGGACAACCAACCUGUCAUUGAAACAAACAUCAUGAAAGCAACCCAAGUUAGAAAACUAUUAACAACUUUGGAUCGUGAGAAACGGGAUAAGAUACUUAUCAAAGAACUUUUUGAAGAUAAAGCACCAUCUGAAGAUACAAUCAUCAGGAUACAUAAGCACAAUCCUCGUCGAAAAAUGCAAGCAGCUAGUGAUUUAUGUUACGAAAAUACGAGGGAGAGGAAAUUCUUGAAAUCGCAGUUCCAUAGACCAAUCAAGCCAAAAAAUAUGUGUUCUAGUGCACCUGUGGAAGCCAGAAAACAAAUGUUCAAUCAUUGUUAUUCACCAGGAGUCCUACAAGUCUCACCCAUGAUUGGCGAAAAUUGUUCCAAGAUUCCUUCGGAUGAAUCAUUUACUGAUAAUGUGGAGCGUGUGGAAGAUUUCAAAUGUGGUGAUCAUAAAAAAACUCAACAUGUAUAUGCUGCACCUAGAACUUUCAAGGACUUGAAUUCAAUCAUAACAUGUCAAAGUAUGAGCAAAGACGAUCGGACUCCAUGUCUUUGUGACCAUUGUGGUAUUGCUAGUCUCUUGAGUGAAACACAAAAACGACCCAUUAUAACGGCACCGGUGGAGCAUGUGAGUGACUUGAGACGAAGGAUGAAUAGAAAAGAAUACAAGGAGCAAUCUAAACAUGAAUAUAGAAAAAGGAAAUCGGAUGCUCCUUACAGUUGUGAAGAUAAAACCAGUUUUCAGGCGGGUUUGGCACAUUUGUAUGAAAGGGUUAAAAUAUUAGAAGAAAGGAUGGACAUACAGGAGGAGCGAGCUGUUCCUAAGGACUAUUUCAAACGAAUCAUCACAAAAAUAAUAUCACAUUUUUCGCCCAAAGACCCUUAUAGAAAUGAUUUCCAAAUAAGAGACUCAGAUUCAAGUUCUUAUGUGGUUCAACCACGUUACAAGAAUAACUAUUCUGUUAACACUCUUCUUGUUGAUAAGAAAGCAAGUCAGAAAGGCAUGAAUGAUAAAUCUGAUAAACAUGAACACCUAAAAAAACUAUUGAGUAAUCUGACUGAGAAUAUGCCGGAAGGAACGAAGACAGAAUUAGCGGAAAAUUUUUGGCAAUGGGGCGGUGAGAUACUCAAACCUGGUGUUGAUUUGAAGAACAAGAUUCUCUCAUUGCUUGAUAUGACAAAAGAUAUUCAAAAGCAAGAGGAGCCGGAUAACCGACCUAAAACUCAAGAGAGUUCUAGGGAAACUAAGAAACUUAAUAAUUCCAGUAGCAACCGUUCACUUCCAGAUAACAAAGAAUUCAAUUCUGCUGCUUUCAAAAGUUUCGUUGAAGCUAUGUCUGCCAAAAUCUAUAAAUCUCAGAAGAAGGCUCAUCAAGAAGAACAGAAGUGCAAGACUAGAAUAGAGGUCGAUAAGUCCAGUGGCCAAACCAUGUCCGAUACGUCCCUUUACAAAAAACCGCAUAGAGGAGAGAGAGAUCAAAAAUCUCAGAAAAAAUCCAUGAUUCCCAAAAUAACUAAAAAGGAAAUGAAGGCCAAAGAAGAGAAGAAUAAUUCUCACGAGACCACUAAGAAAUUGAAUGUCUCGUAUGUUAAUCCGAAAAUGUCGACUUGGCAAGAAGAGGAAUCGCAAAUCUCCUUCAGACUAGAGUUCUCUGACGCCGACACAAAUACACGGAGUAAAGACUCUAAAAAUAGAGAUCUAGAGAAACUGGAGUUCCUGAGAACACUCUCCAGGACCAAAGAUUCGGACAAGGAACGUCUAUGGGAGAGUAUAUGGGCACAAGCUAAGGCCAACGGACAGACAAAACAAGACAAGGUUACAAUUCAGCUACCUCGAAAGAAUGGUUCUGAAUUCAACGAUAUGAUAGAAAUAGAAUUUACAAUCGGAGAAAUUGAAUAUAUGCUUACGAAGCACAAGUAUGCAGAUAAGAAUAAAAUGAAAUCUUAAUUAGCAAAUUAUGCUGAAAUUCAUUUUCAAAUAUAAAAAAACCAAUAUUUAUAUUCGAGAAGUUUUUGGAUUGUAUUUAAUAUACAUAAUAUUUUUGUGAUGAAUAAAUACAAUUUUCAUAUGAAAAA